AGUAGAGUAGAGCGGUGUCUCUAGGUGGCAUAUGAACUGGUGAGAUGUCAAUCAAGAUGGCGUCUGGUCUGUCUUGCCACCUCCUUUUCCUCAUUCUGCUCACAUCAGAACUCCAAGUAAAUAUUCCUGGGAGAAUGGUAGAAGGAACUGCAGCCAAUCACACAUGCCUCCAUGUAGAAACUCCUGAAGAAGUGACAGAGGGAGAAACAGCAGAUCUGACAUGUAAAACCACCUGCAGUCUGACUGACCCAACAUUCAUCUGGUACAAAAAUGGACGUCCUUUAACCACAAAGACCAUCACGAAGAACCAGCUCCACCUGGAGACAGUCAGCAGUCAGGAUGCAGGCAGUUAUAGCUGUGCUGUAAGAGGACAUCAACAUCUCCAAUCUACUGCUCAGAAGCUCAGUGUUAGAUACCGCCCAAAGAGAGUCACAGUGUCCAUAAGUCCCACUGGUGAAAUAGUGGAGGGCAGUUCAGUGACUCUGACCUGCAGCAGUAUGGCACACCCACCUUUGAAGAUCUUCACCUGGUUCAAAGGAUCAACACCAGUAGCAAAAGGAAAAACCUACAGCAUUCCCAACAUCAGCUCUGAGGACAGUGGAGAAUACACAUGCCAGAGUCGGAAUGAACAAGGAGACACAAACUCCACCGCUAUGUAUUUAAACAUUCUGUUUCCCAGUUACACGACUGUCUUUGUGAUUGUGGGAAUAGCAUGUAUUGGAACUGUGAUCAUUGUGUGCUUUGUCUCUUUGAUGAUCAGACGGGUUAAACGAAAAGUUCAGAAUGUUCCCCCUGUUGAUGAUUCUGCUUCACCUGACUGUGGUUCCAAACACUGUAAAGAAGUUUACACUCUACCUCUUGUAGCUCUGUCCAGGCCCCGUGAUAACAACAACACAGUUCUCAACACAUACCUUGCAGGUCAAGAUGCACAUGUAGCUCUUAAAGAUACAGGCUCACCCUUUCGUGACACAUACAAUGCUCUUGACGACACAUAUGUGGCUCCUGAUGACAAACCCCAUGGUCUUGAUGAACCGUAUGCUAAUGUUCAUACCGAUUCUGCUGAUGAUGCCUACAUGACUUAUGAUGAAGAUGGAUCUCCUGACUAUGAAAAUCUCAUUCUAGGGGACCCCAAGGUGCUAACGCCAUGCCAACCGGGAGAUAUAAUCCCUCCACUGGGUCCAAGGACAACCUUCGGGCCUUGUGCCAGUAGGCCAUGCCUGGUGAAGAGAGGUGCUGAGCUGUUAACCGACCACCAUCUGGUGUUGAGUUGGAUCAGAUGGCAGGGAAGAUUGAUGGUCAGACUCAGUAGGCCCAAGAGAAUAGUGAGGGUGUGCUGGGAACAAGUGGCAGAGGCCCCAGUUGGGAACGAUUUUAACUCCCACCACUGGGAGAAGUUCUCUCAUGUACUGGAGGAGGUAGGGGACAUGGAGUCCGAAUACGCAGCAAUGCAACUGGAUAACGUAGAAGAUUAG